AUGUCCGCACUAGUAUCGCUUCUCUCAAUCGGGGCUAAUCUAGCUCAAGCAAGGAUCCCGCCACCACCUUCUUUGGUUUCAACAAAAUCACCAACCUCUCAAGUUCUUGUAAAUUCAAAGUCACAUAAAAACGUGCCAAACACAAUACGGACAGUAGCUCCUAGCCUUGGAAAAAUACCUCCUAGUGGUGGCGCCGAGAGUGCGAGAGACGAAGAAAGACUUGCUCGUCACCUGGAGUGGAGACCGGAGAGUGAAGAACGACAGCAGAAGACUUGUGUUGAGAGUGCGAGAGACGAGAACGAGAGAGACCGAUUUUGCUCGUCGUCGGCAAGCUUGCUGGAAUUCCGGGCGGCGACCGUGGCUAACCGGCUGCCGCGUGACUUCGUCCGCCUCAAAAGGAAAGGAAAGACGAAAGAGGCGGCUAAGGGUAACUCGGGUCCAGGUAAGGGAGACGAGGAAAGGGAGAGUCGGAGGCGGAGAGGGAGGCAGAGAGCUACCGAGUGUCCGAGUGUGAGAUAG